AUGUCUGUAUUACCGUUUGGAGCUCGUCUUGAGGUGCUCAAAGGCCUUGGUGUCAACGUUCAAUACGGCGACCAUGUGCGAGAUGAGGUCGAUUCUGAAGAUGAAUUUCCCACCGUGGUACCGCCGCAAGAGGAAGGCAAGGAUGAUGUUCCAUACGACGCUGGACACGACGCCUGGAAUUCCACUGCCCGUCCACCGACGGAGAAGCAGGCCACGCGCGAGGAGAUUAAAGAAUUGCCCCCCUUGGUAUCACUGGAUUGUUCAAAUUUCACCACCGGAGAGCCUGCAGAGGAGACCAUCGACUUUUGCUCCUGGGGAGUCAUUCAGACUUAUCCAGACCACUUCAUCGGCAAGGCAAACAGACCUCGUGUAAGCACAGCCAUUACUUUCACCAAGGAGCAAGCCAAGCCAUUCUUUGACAAGAUUCUUGAGGGUAGAGUCUGGGACUUCUUUUAUAUUUAUCAUCCUGAGAAAUCUGUCGAGAAUCCUCGUGUGAUGGUGCCCACGGUUCAAUUCGAAGGUUUCUUGAGGAGUGUCAACAGGGAACUUGGAACCUCUCUCGCAAUUCCAGGGGGAACGAAUCAAGAUCGCUUCUAUAUGAGAUUUGGUCAAGGAGACACCCCACGGCCUCGGUAUCUAAAGAGAUCGAGAGAUCAGAAAGUUUUCAAAGUGGACAAAUUUCCAGAUUUCCAACAAGAGGAUCGAGACAAGUUCAAAAAAGCACAUGGUGCUAUGCAGCAAGAUUGGGAAACCCUUUGGAGCAUGAUGGCACCAAAGCCCGCAUCCGCAGACAAGAAGAAGGGUAAAUCGAGAAAGGCCGCCCAGCAGAAGCUGGACCGAGAACGAAUGCUUCUCGAGACUCAACAAUUUCUUCAUCUUCGAGGUAAAAGCACUCGCGCAGUUGGAGAUGUUGUCUUUGUUUGUAUGGAUGUUGAAGCCAUCGAGAUGUCGCCCAAUUCCAUUUCGGAGAUUGGAAUAGCCAUCCUGGAUGUCAGAGAUCUCAAUGGCGAGCAAUCAGGUCCCAGUGGCCAAAACUGGUGGCAGUUUAUCAAAGCUCAUCAUCUACGAACCAAAGAAUACGCGGGUCUCGUGAACUAUCGUUUUGUCCGUGGAUGCCCUAGCUACUUCGAUUUUGGAGAAAGCACCUUUCCAGAAGAGUGUGAACUUCCCGAAGUGAUUGAUUCUAUCUUAGAACCCUACACCAAGGACAAGCGCAAGCUAGUAUUUGUCGCCCAUGAUGUUCGCCAGGACAUCAAAUAUCUUUCAAGCGUAGGUUUUGAAGUGCUGGCGCUUCAGGGCCUUGUUGGGCGGCUGGACACAAAAGAGAUCCACCAGGCUUGGAGAGCGUCUGAGCAAGGGAAAAGCCUUCAUCACGCUCUCAACGACCUGCUUAUCCAGAGCAAGCAUCUACACAACGCUGGCAAUGACGCCGUCUUCACUCUCCGCGCCCUUAUCGGUGUUGCCAUUGAGGAGAUUCGAGAGAAGGAGGUAAAGGCGAGAGGAGAAGAAUACACACCGGCUCUGCUAGGCGUAGUACAACAACAGGAGCUGGUGAUUGACAAUGAUCCAUGGGCAAAACGAUCUUGA